AUGCCUAUGUGCUCACAGGCUUAUCUAACUCUCACAUUUGAGCGAAUUAUAGCGCAAAAUGUUCAGCAUUGUCCUUUUAUCGAGAGAAGAAGGAACGGUGUUAUAACAUUAUCUCGAAUUGUUAACUGUGACCAAUUCCGCGGUGACAAAACCACGGCAGAAUGGAACCGAUUCUUCGAAUUCGACAAAAAGGUCGGAGCACAUUUUGCUGUUCGGCCGAGCGAGCGCUGUGGCAACCCAAUGUGGGCCGGAACGUGCGUGCGGCCAACAAACACUUUUUCAUCGAAGAUUCCUUUCUCAGCCGUGUUGAUGAUGACUUGCACAACUGCUAGGACAGGUAUCGAAUACUAA